AUUUUCAAUGUGGUGGUCAACAUAGAAGCCAGUAUAUAUAUACAUAGUUUUCUUCAAUAUGGUUGCUCUCAUCGUUUUUAUGUAAAAGAAAGGAAAAAACUGGAGGCAAAAAAGAGUUUUGCUAAAUUAAUAAUGAAGCCUCAAAUAUCAGAUUUAAAAUCGCAUACAAGUGGAUCAUCAGGAGAAGCUGAUGAAUCUCUAUUCGAAUAUUUACAUGCUGAAAUAAUGAACUAUGUUGUUAGUAAAAAUGUUCCAAUGAAUAAAGACGGUGAAGAAAAUUUAACACGAUUAGAGCACAUGGGAUUUUAUGUUGGAUAUCGUAUUAUUGAACGAAUAACACGUGAAUGGCCACGAUUUAAAGAAGAAUUGGACAUGAUCAAAUUCAUUUGCACUGAUUUUUGGCCACCUUUGUUUCAAAAACCAAUAGAUAAUUUGAAAACUAACCACCAAGGUAUAUAUGUAUUACAAGAUAAUGAAUUUAGAUUGCUCAAAAGACUUGGAAAUAAUGAUAGUAAGCAAUAUUUAUGUGAAAGUCCACGAUUAAUCGCGUUUACAUGUGGAUUAUUGCGUGGUAGUUUAGCUAAUCUUGGUAUUGUAAGUAUCGUAAAAGCAGAAAUGACAUCACUACCUAGCUGCAAAUUUCAUGUUGAAGUACAAAGAGUUUAACUUAUUUUGUAAAUAAAUUUUUUAUUAUAAUAGGAAAAUAUUUAUAAAUACAAAUAAUAAUAACAAUAACAAUCAUAA